AUAACAGCAGCAACCAAAUGCUACUUAUCUUCCGGCGCCAGUUCAAGCCGCCCAUCAGCGGAUGUCGGCAAUUGAGAGAUUCGAGAAUGGUCCACUUCCAGAUCCAUCGUCAGCACCAGCACCAGUGAUUAAUGAACUUAAUGGUCCCAAACCGGAGGGAGCAGAUGCACCGCAACAGAACGAAGACGACGAAGGACCAGCAGCAGCUGCCAACAAUCGUGAUAAUCGAAAUAGUGUUCCCUAUCGCUUCUCGGCCUAAAAGCAAAGAUCAAUAUGUAGAAAUGGUGUCCCCAAUGGCAUCGCCGAAUACAACGUCCCACAGCAACCGGAGCGCCCAUGUAGGAGCAAUCGGAGCCGAGCAAAUUCCGUUGGAGGUUAUGAACGUACGGUUUAUUCUACAUUGUGGUAACAAGAACAAGCACCCGCCGAGAAUAAUGCCUCAUUUUGAAAUAGCUUAGAAAACAACAACCCAGUGGCCGAGGUAGCGGACGAUGGCAAUCAACAGCGACCUGCUCACGCAUUCUUCCGGUAUCUGAACCUGGGGCCGGGUGCUCCCGUGCACAACUACGUGAGCCUUAAUCAGAUUCAUACCGACGAU